AUGUAUGAGCAGGGGACAUUUUCGCCUUCACCAGUUACUGAUUGUGUUGUGUUCAGCAAAAUUAGAAAAAUUUUGGGUGGAAGGGUAAGAUUAGUUAUUACAGGUUCAGCUUCAAUACACCCUGAUGUAAUUAAAUUCCUAAGAAUUGUAUUAGGUGUUCCUAUAAUUGAAGGAUAUGGACUAGCUGAAACUUUUGCAGCAUCAUUUAUAACUCAGCCUGGAGACUAUGAAGCUGGACAUAUAGGAGGCCCUACUCCUAGUGUCGAAGCCAAACUUGUAGAUUUACCUGAUAUUGGGUAUUUCUCUUUUGAUGUGAAUGAAAAAGGUGAAUACGCCCCAAGAGGAGAAUUAUGCUUAAGAGGGCCAACACUAUUUAGAGGAUAUUAUAAAGAUGAAGAAAGAACUCACCAAGCUAUGGACAGUGAAGGCUGGAUUCAUACUGGGGAUAUUUUCGUUCGCUUGCAUCAUAAUGGAGCAUUCAAAUUAAUUGAUAGAAAGCAUGGGGUGUUUAAAUUGUCUAAUGGCGAAUUUGUAGCAACUGGAAAACUUGAGCUAGCUUAUGGGAAAAGUAAAUUUAUUGAUCAAAUUUUUGUAUAUGGAGAUCCUUCUAAGUCGCAUUUGGUCGCUGUUGUUGUACCGGAUGAUGGGUAUGUAAGAGGAGCUUGGGCGCCAAGAUUAGGGAUUGAAAGAGAAAAAAGUUUGCAAGAGUUGUGCCAAAUAGAAAAAUUGAGGGAUGAUAUUUUAACAGAUAUGGAACUAAUAUCAAGAGAGGAUAACCUGCCACCAUAUGAAGCUAUAAGAAAAAUUUACUUACUCCUAUUAAUUUCUUUAAUUUUAGUUUGAGUUUUUGCUCAUCAUUAAAUACUAUCAAAGGCAAUCUAUUUAUAGAAAAAUUAAUCCAAAAAUCAAAAUAUUUUCAAAAUUAUCGUUUUCUAAUAGCAGAUAAAAAUUAUGCGUUGUUACUAACUCCCCCCCCCCCCUCCGUGAGCGAACAAAAAAAUUUUGUUCACUCACGGAGGGGGGUUAAUUUUUUUUUUUUAAAAAAAAAUUUAUAUAUAAAUUUUAUAAAAAAUUUUUUUUUCGAAAUUUAAAAAAAUCCUAAUUUGCAAAAAUUGGGAAGCAAAUAUUAAUUUAAUUUGCAAAAUUUAUGUUUUAAAACGCAAUUUGUUUAAAAUUAAACAGAAUUAGCUCUAGAUUUCAUUAUACUAAUUAUCACUUAUAUAUCAAAAUUUUUUUCCAUUAAAAUUUUUUCUAUUAAAAAAAUUUUUGUUCGCUCACGGAGGGUGGGUUUUUGGUCAAAAAAUGGUGAUUUUUCUAAUGGUUUUUGUUCGCUCACGGAGGGGGGGGGGGAGUAAGAAGUUAGAAAGUCAAAGAUGGACUGAAAAUGAUAUCUUGACCUCUACCCAUAAAUUGAAUAGAAAAGCAGCUCGUGACAAAUAUACUAACAUUUUAGGAAGGCUUUACGAAUAA